AUGUCUCAGCCAAAUGCGCCUCUCAGUCACACAGCCGCCGAUCUGUUCCUUCCAUCCAUGGACGAGGAGGAACAGCUCUCUCAAGCCGACUUCAACGAACUAUUCGGAUCAGAUGGCUCAAGGCAACCUAUCUUCUCGAUGAACAACAGCGAUAUACUCGAUGACUUCAGUCUUACAUAUGAACACGGUGCUUUUGCAGCUGUUGACUCACCAAACACCUCCACAACUUCGACUCCCAACUUCUCAAAUUACGACUUCGGCCAAACCGCCGCGGCAUACCCGACUCCCGGACCAAGUACACCCCAUCCCUACCCGCUAGAUCUGCAACGAGCCUUCCCAACAACAACUGAUGAUCCAGACCUCAACGAUCGUCCUCGGCCUAUGCGAUCUCAAACAAACCAUGCCUACCUCCACUCAGAACAGCCAUCGCAAAGCUACGGUCGUCGCCGAUCUUUGAGCACUGGCGAUACAGAUCGCAUUGCCGCAGCCAACAGCAUCACCAAUCCCACUUUCGUUCGGCUUCAAGCACCGCGUGCGAGAUCAGCUACACCAGAACACAAGAGAAGGCAUGCCGCGCACUUCCAACAUGGAAGAAGUGUGAGUCAAGGUCCGGCGCCGAGAGGAAGGCCACUCAAUCCAACAAGCAUACCGUACUAUACGUACAACGAUACGUUCGUCGCCGACAUGUUCUCUACUCCUAUCGGUACGCCGCUGAACGAGAUGAGAGAUCGCCGGGAUCUGAAACAUGGCACUGGUUACAACAGUGCCGGCAUGACAGAUGUUGCAGUUCGCUCGGAUAAUCCGGUCAUUCGGCAUAUGACACAACCUGAUGAACUUGCGCGAAGCAGACAGAUCAUCGAGAUUGGCGCUCUAGCGGUUGCCAGUCACUUGACGCUGGAUCCUAGACUUGGGCUACAAAGUCCGACCACAAAUCGCGCCCAAAUCCUCAAGAAGCUCGCCGAUAUCGAAGAACACCUGGAAGACAAAGAAGCAAAGGAUGCUCUUUCCGCGUGUAAGACGAUCCGAGACGCUUUGUCGAAGAGGAUUGAAGCUGAGUUCAUCGAUACAGCAGACGAGGUGGCAGAAGAUGAUUUGGAGGUUCCCAGUAAAGUGCUUGAAGGAGCGCAGUAUGGUAUAUACGACGGUCACGAUGACAACGAAAUCAUGGGGUUGUUGAUGAGAGAGAAUGGCGUUGAUUGCCAGGAGACUGGAUAA